CAAGAAUUUCAAAAAACCCUCUUCAGUUUUUAGAGAGAGAGAGAGAGAAAAUCUGAUAAAAAAGUCAUUUUGACCCUCACAACUUCAUGGGUAUUUAGAGAGAGAGAGAGAGAGAGAGAGAUUUGUGCUGAAGAGGCAGUUGGUGAGUUUGUUGAAUUCCAUCAAAAUGGUAGCAAAAACCCCACCAAAACAAAAGAAAAUGGAAGCAGCAGCCACUCUCAACCCAGUUCUAGUGAGAGAAACACUAAACAAGGUGGAGAUGUGCAUGAGUAGGCUACAAGAACUGCAAUUCACAGUAACAGGAGGGAACAAGGUGAUUUCUGGGGUGAGCCUAAGCCCACGCAGCACCAGAGGCUAUCUUAGAACAAGCCUCAGAUGUAAACAGGAAUCUGUAAGGAUCAAAAAUGGUGGAGGCAGGAAAUCUCCAGUGGGGAAGUUUCCGGCAAAUGAAGGAGGAGGAGGGGAGUGGCAGAGGAUGUCUUUACCAGCAAUGCUUGUGGAUGAGACCAUUGGAGAAAUACUGCAAGCAAGCAAAUUUGCAAGAGAGAUGGUUGAAGCAGUUACUAAUAACACCACCAAAAACACAACAAUGGAUGACCCGAAAACGCCAUUGACACGACAAAGAAACCGCAGACCGAACCUUGAAGACUCAGAACUAAGAGCAAGAAGGAAGAGAGAGAAGCAAGAAAAAUUCCAAUCAAAACGAACUGAAUCGCAUUCUCCUUCGCUUCAACGAGUUCGGUCCCGAAUCAACUUCAAGGUUGUGUCGCCUCCGACCAAAAGAGAUGUUGUUGAUAAAGAGAAUGCACAGUAUCUAGCAAAUCGAGUGUCGUCAUCACCUUGGAACAGGCCAUGGUCGAAAAAGGCAGUACUUUUUCCAAAUGCUUUAUUCCUACCAUCAGAUAAUUCCCAACCACCAAAGUUUUGCAGAACAAAGUCUCCAGUGAUCACAAGAAACAGACAACAAACUCCACAUAAGUUCUUGAUCAAGUCUCCAGCCUCAGCUUCAAAGUUUCAGGUGAAGAUCAAAAGCCCACCGGUGGUGAUCACGCGAUCACCAACGAGACCCCUGGUAAGCUUGAGUAAGCAGCAGUCUCCAAAGAAACCUGCUACCUCCUCCAAGCUGCGUCGGUCAUUCUCACCGUCCAGGCUGACAGCUUCCAAGCUGAGGCAAUCAUUCUCACCAUCACGACUUGCAGCAAGAUUGGUGUCUCCCCUGAAAAGCAGAAAAAGUGUACACAAGCAUGGUGGGCAAAUUAAUCUGAGUGGGUUGAAACAGAGGCCAACAACACAAAUGAGAAUUUGAGAAGUUGCACAAAAUAAUUCUUUGCUUGAUAUUUUCUCAAUGUCCAUAGUGUUUCUUCUGUUGUACAAGCUUCUGUAAUUAAUUGAAUUUAUUCCAUCAAAUUUAUUGAAUCAGAUUGUGAGAAUCGUCAAUAAAGUAACUUUUUUGGUCAACA